AUGAACCCCGCAGAGAUCGUGCGAGCCCUCCGCGCUCAGGCGGCCUCGGACCGCAACCCCUACGCCGACAACCAGCAUGCCGUCGCAGGGCUCAUGGCGUACAAGCUCUCGCAGCACCGCGAUGAGAUCCUCAACUCGAUCAAGCCAGGCUCGUCGUCGGCCUCCGCCUCGACACCUCCCCCUGGCUGCCCUAUGCAUGCCGGUGGUGGCCCAUCUGGUGCUGAAGCCGCUGCACCCGUAUCGCCGCCCAAGCCCGCUCCCAAGCCGUCGCAUCCCAAGAUGGUCGCCUCGUCCGGUGGACAGUGCCCCAUCCCGCACGAGGAUCGCGACGCCUACCUCGCGUCCAAAUCUGCACAGGCUCCCCCGCGUGGCUCCAUGGCACCGUCAUCAUCGUCUUCGUCGUCGUCGGACUCCACAUCCAAGCCAUGGUCGGCGACGCUGAAUCCGCUCAACAUGAUGCCCUCGCUGGGCCAGAGCCAGGCGCCCGAGCAGAAGACCGAGCUUUCCACCGAGCGCGUCGUAUCGUCCAUCCCGCGCUCUCGCAACUCGGCCGCACCGGGCGCAUCUCCAUACGACGCGCCAUCCGCAUGUCCCGUCAAGCACGACAGCAGCACGCCCGCCGAGGAGCAGACGGACAAGUGGGAGUAUCCUUCGCCGCAGCAGUUCUACAAUGCGCUCGUGCGCAAGGGGUGGGAGACGCCCGAGGAGCACGUCGAGACCAUGGUGCUCGUGCACAACUUUCUCAACGAACAGGCGUGGCUCGAGGUGCUCGAGUGGGAGAAGCUCGCGGGCGCCGACUCGUCGCGCGCCGAGCUCGCGCGCUUUCAGGGCAAGCCGGGCACGCUCACGCCCAAGGCGCGCGUGUUUGGCUGGUUGUCAGCUGUGAUGCCCGGCACGUUCAGCUCCGAGCCGCCGUUCGACCGCCACGACUGGGUGGUGCGCCGACCGGACCAGAACGGCAAGGAGGUGCGAUACGUCAUCGACUACUACAGCGUCCCCGACGACCCGGACAAGGACGAGCCCGAAUUCGUGCUCGAUGUGCGUCCCGCCCUCGACUCGUUUGAGAGUCUGAGCGUGCGCCUGCAAAAGGGAUUUGCCGAGUGGAAGCAGGGCGACGGAUUCUUCACCGCCUUUGCCGCCGAGAACACCGCGUCAUCCAAGCGUCAGAGCACAUAG